GCAGUGCUCGGUCAAGGGUCGCCCGUCAAUCAGCAUCUCGAGGCCCCGCCCACUCCUCGUCACUUCCGCCCCGACCCACGCGCGGCGGAUAAGGAAGCGGUGAGCCGCUGCGACGCUCCUUUUUUUCCAGGCGGCCGGGAAGAUGGCGGACAUUCAGACCGAGCGUGCCUACCAGAAGCAGCCGACCAUCUUUCAAAAUAAGAAGAGGGUCCUGCUCGGGGAGACCGGCAAGGAGAAGCUGCCCAGGUACUACAAGAACAUCGGCCUCGGCUUCAAGACGCCCAAGGAGGCCAUCGAGGGCACCUACAUCGACAAGAAAUGCCCCUUCACCGGAAAUGUCUCCAUUCGGGGCCGGAUCCUGUCUGGCGUGGUGACCAAGAUGAAGAUGCAGAGGACCAUCGUCAUCCGCCGCGACUACCUGCACUACAUCAGGAAGUACAACCGCUUUGAGAAGCGUCACAAGAACAUGUCCGUCCACCUGUCCCCCUGCUUCAGGGACGUCCAGAUUGGCGACAUCGUCACGGUGGGCGAGUGCCGGCCCCUGAGCAAGACCGUGCGCUUCAACGUGCUCAAGGUGACCAAGGCUGCCGGCACCAAGAAGCAGUUCCAGAAGUUCUGAGGCCGCACCCGCCCCCUCAACUCAAUAAAAGCUUUUAUCCACUCAA